GCAUCCCUAUGGACCGCGACGGGAGUAACUCUCGUUUUAAUCCUAUCUUGUUACGUCUCGUACGGUCAGUGUUCCUUUCCAAAAUCGGAAUACAGUCACAAAUCAUGUAAAAUAAACAAUUUGUGAUGCAUUUCAAUGAAUACUCCUGUAGUGACUCUGUGCGGUUCCUCUGACAUGAUAUAGCUAGUGAUUUAGUUGUACCUUUUAGAAAAGGCCUAAACAACCAUGAGCCUCGAGUGGAUGCUAUAUUGGAUUUUCACCCCACUUUUCAUUCAAGUAACUCUCUGUAACCCAGACGCUAAAAGACUGUAUGAUGAUCUUCUAAGUAACUACAACAGGUUGAUAAGACCUGUUAGCAACAACACAGACACCGUUUUAGUGAAGUUGGGGUUGAGGCUGUCUCAACUUAUUGAAUUGAAUUUAAAAGAUCAAAUUCUGACUACCAAUGUAUGGUUAGAACACGAAUGGCAAGAUCACAAAUUUAUGUGGGACCCACAAGAAUAUGGAGGAGUGACGGAGUUGUAUGUACCCUCUGAACAUAUUUGGCUUCCAGAUAUCGUACUAUAUAAUAAUGCUGAUGGGGAGUACGUAGUCACAACUAUGACCAAAGCAGUUUUACGUCAUACAGGCAAAGUUUUGUGGACACCACCAGCCAUUUUCAAAUCUUCUUGUGAAAUCGACGUGAGAUAUUUUCCUUUUGACCAACAGACGUGUUUUAUGAAAUUUGGAUCGUGGACAUACGAUGGCAACCAGAUUGACCUAAAGCACAUCAAUCAAAAAGUAGGCGAGGAUAAAGUCGAAGUUGGUAUAGAUCUUAGGGAAUACUAUCCAAGUGUGGAAUGGGAUAUUCUCGGAGUACCCGCGGAAAGACAUGAGAAAUACUAUCCCUGUUGUGCGGAACCCUAUCCAGAUAUAUUCUUCAACAUAACCCUACGAAGAAAAACACUAUUUUACACAGUGAACUUGAUCGUCCCAUGCGUUGGUAUUUCUUACCUCUCAGUGCUGGUUUUCUACCUACCAGCGGACUCUGGAGAGAAGAUCGCCCUAUGUAUAAACAUUCUCCUUUCUCAAACCAUGUUCUUCUUGCUAAUAUCGGAGAUCAUCCCUUCAACCUCUUUGGCACUACCCUUACUGGGAAAGUACAUAUUGUUUACCAUGGUUAUGGUGGCAUUUUCAGUCGUGAUAACUAUUAUCAUUUUGAAUGUGCACUACAGAAAACCGAGCACACACAAAAUGGCGCCUUGGGUGAGAACCUUCUUCAUAAAAAGCGUACCAAAGCUCUUGCUAAUGAGAGUGCCAAAAGAUUUACUGACAGAGUUAGCAGCAAAUAAAAUACCGAAUAGCAAAAUGCCAAUCAAAAGAAGAGAUUUAGAUACGAUGCGCUCAAGAAGUUCAUCAUCUUCUAGCACUUCCAGUUCCUCAAGAAAUAGAGUUAGUGGAUGCAAUGGGUUACAUUCUACUUCAGCUACAAGCAGAUUGAGAGGCUUUGCUGGAGCGUUAAGCGGAAGAUUGGGGUACAACGGCUUACCUUCUAUGUUUUCUGGGUUGGACGAAAGCGAUUCUGGAACUAGAAGAAAAUAUCCAUUUGAACUAGAGAAAGCUAUUCACAAUGUAAUGUUCAUUCAACAUCACAUUCAAAGACAGGACCAGUUCAAUGCGGAGGAUCAAGACUGGGGUUUCGUAGCCAUGGUACUUGAUAGACUAUUUCUCUGGAUCUUCAUAGUGACUUCUAUUGCUGGUACCAUUUCAAUCCUAUGUGAAGCGCCAGCAUUAUAUGAUGACACGAAGCCCAUAGACAUGGAACUGUCGUCAGUUGCCCAACAACAGUUUUUACCAGAUUUCGAGAAUAUGCAAUAAGUUGUGAGUUGGUUACGUUUAUUGAAGUUUGUAUUAUGAUUCGUAUCAUUGAUCAACCUAUUCACAGAAGAUACCCAAUUUAAUUGAAAGUCAUAUCCGAUUGACGGUAAGCACACAUACCACGUUAACUAUUUAUGUGUACAACUGUACAGGGUGUCCUUAAAGUUGUGACCUUCUUUUACAGAUCGUAUAGGUCAACAAUAAGCAAAUAUUCCUAGUAACAUAUACCCUUCAUUUUACGUGAUUGUUUCUGGUAGCAAAUCGUAUUUAAAAACCGAAAUUGGAGCCUUACAAUAGCAAUAAUGAUUCGAUGUUUACGCAUUCAUCAAGAAGCCACGAUGGUUGUUUUAUAUCGUGCAAAUGCCGUUGAGGGCGACACAAAAGUUGCAAAUUUAGAAAGAAGUAAACAAACUCCUGUUUUUGAAUCCAAGUAGUAUUUACAAAUAAAACAUGUGACAGGACUGUACCUGAAAUUUCUUACAAAAUAAUACUUAGUAAGUACUUUAAUUUCAUAUUUACGUUUUUGCUCCUGUUUCAUUGCAUAUGAGCCUUGUUACAAUACGGCCAUUUUUUAUGUAAUAGUCGAUUUGGCUUUGCCUGCGCGUCUUGUCACGUGACGUCCAUUCAACCUCAGCCACUCUUGGUCAGUCUCACUACGUCCGCCAUUACGUUUCACGUCUCUGUCGGUGUUGGUUGUGUGCUUAUACUGCUUUAGGCGAAUUAUUUUCAAAAACUGUUCUGGUUGUCAUAGAAACGAUGGAAUUUUUUGACAACGGUCAUACAACGGUUGUGAUAAUGACGUUAUUGAGACUUGCAAACGAAUGUGCCGAUUCUCAAAUUGCUUUGGAGUGGCACAUGGAUUACUAUAAAUUGUUUCUGCUGCACAUUUUGAGCAUUUAAAAUAAAAUGAUGAAUACUACACUACAUAUUAUUGCUUGCUCUACCAUUGCAAUUAAAUUCAAAUCCAUGACAAAUGUGACAGCUCAGAAUCAGAAGCAGGCUGGUUCUAAGAAUUCUGAAUCAGAUCAGACGUCAUUGUUAUAAAUAGAAUACGUUUGGUUGAAAUUUGGUGAAGUUUCAAUAAUUAGAACCACUGCCAAAAGAAUUACUAUUUGUUUGUCAUGUCAAUCAGCAAACCCGUCGAAUGUGAAGUGCGCUCAGUAAUUCAGUUUUUAAACGCAUUAAAGUUCCUUUCUGCUUGUUGAAUUAGGCGCAUUAUUCAAAACCGCCGGGAGGCAUCCCUCUCUAGCAGUGUCGUCUGCAUCACGACAACGCUCGGCCUCAUGUUGCGGCAAGGACACAGUCGCAACUGGACAAGUUUUGUUGGGAUUCACUGGACCAUCCACCAUACAGCGAUCAGACUUUUUUCCACUACUUAACGGGAUUUCCUGUUGGAAAGCACUUGGAAAAUGAUAACAUGUUGAAAGAAACAGAUGCUAACUGGUUUAACGGACAUGUGGCAGCGUUUUUUGACGACGGAAUCCAAUAGCUGGUGCCACGACUUGAAAAAUAUUUAAAUGUUCAUGUUGACUCUGCUGAAAAAGGUUCAUAUUUUAGUUUGUGAUACAAUUGGCAUUCAUAAAUAAAGCUUCUCUGACUCCAUUAAAAAACGGUUCUUACUUUAAAAAUGGCCCUUAUAUUUCCAACAUAGUUGUUUCUGAACAGGAAAGACCCAACUUCUAGGAAACACUGUAUACGAGGUGACCAUCAGUGGGAUGUUGAAAAAUUCUGAGAAUACGAAAUCUUGCAAGUAACUAGGAGCCAGGUUGAAGAGUGACCUUUCGGAAGGUUGAUGUCAUGUUAUCUCAAAUACCCAUCGGGAAAUUGUAAAGCAAGCUGUAACUUUAAUUUUGGCGACCUCAAAAAGUGUAAUUUAAUUUUUAAAUAUACCCAUUUUUAGGUCUUUUCAGGCAUUAAAUCGAACUCAAAAAUGGUCAGUUUUACAGAAAAGUUAAUGGAAGCCUUUUUUGUUUGCAAUGAUCCAGAAAAUCUGAAUUUCUCCAGGCACAAAAAAGAAAUUUAUUAUAAAAUUUGAUAUGGUGUGAUGCUUAAACGGUUAAACAUAUUUGAGGUCGCCAAUAUCUAAAAUAAAGUUAAAACCUUGCUCUACAGGACCUCUAAGAGAAAUAUAUAUAUAUAUAUAUAUGUUCAUUUCGGGCCUGAUGAAGCCAAUCAGCAGAAAUUCGUUUCGCUCGGGUUACCUAUCCUAUUUUCUGCUCGAAUCCACUUUCCUUGUUUUUGCGGAUUUUUCCCAUUAUUUUCUAUUUUUUGUUAUAUACCUUUGUCCGCAUGAUCAUUUUCUCUCUCUCUCUCUAUAUAUAUAUAUAUAUACAGGGUGCAACAUCAAAAAUAUCUGAAUACCGUCCUGUAGCCGCGACUCGCGAUAUUCCCAACUGGUGCCGGCUACUAGCUCAACCCGACGACAGAACUGGGUCGGGGGUCGGGGUCAGUGUGUCAGGGCAGUAUGCAACCUUCAACCGACGGUUACGGUCACGCGUGUAGAGGUAAACGAACUCGUAUUUCAAAAAACAACAAGCACUAGAGUCGUGGCUAGAGAAGUGCAAGUAUCAAAAACUAAAGUGUGACAAACGCUGCGUGAAGAGGGGCUGUAUCCGUUUCACGUCCAACGUGUACAAGCCCUUCAACCUGACGAUUUUCCAGCAAGAGUGCGGUUUUGUGAGUGGUUGUUGCAUCAACGGACUUUUUGAAGUGCAUAUUGGUGACAGACGAAUCUACGUUCACGGGUAAUGGGGUGAAUAACUUUCGCAACACUCAUGUUUGGUCAGUAGAAAAUCCGCACGCUGUCCGUCGGGCACAUUUUCAACAUUUUCGGUGAAUGUUUGGGCUGGCAUGGUGAACGGUAGGCUCAUUGGACCAUUUAUUCUCCCAAAUCGAUUGGACGGGAUGCAAUACCUAGAAUGUUUACAUCUGUUCGGUAGCGCAUCAGCUGAUUUCAUUUUCAGUUGGAGCGGUAUGAUUUCGCUCAGAGACGUACUUAGUCCUUCUCGUCAACUGGAGAGUGAGUACUUUUUACUUUAUUUUUUUUUACUUGGUCGCCCUCGUUUCACUACACAUUACCUUUAUUUCAAGGGUAGUUGUUUCUGAAAAGGAAAACCCCAACUUUGCGGACACCCUGUAUAUAUAUAGGAAAAUAAUGGGCAAAAUCCGCAAAAAGUGGAUUUGAGCAGAAUAGGAUAGGUAACCCGAGCGAUACGUAUUUCUGCUGGUUGGCUUCAUCAGGCCCGAAAUGAAUGCACAUAUGCAACUACAAAAGUGGUUAUUUGUCGCCUUGAAAAUUCUAGGUCUUCUAGCCAUUUGAUACUACAAUGUGUAGGUUGGCUCUUGUUGUGGACUUCGUGUGUCUUUUUUU